UGACGUCACUGACUCCGCCCACACAGGUUUCUUCCUGCUUUCAUGAAGGAAACAAAUCUCGACAUGCAGGAUGAUGAAGAGACAGACGUCAGGAGUCAGAGAAGAUGAUGGACUGAAGACUGAAGAAAGAGCACAAUAUCAUCAUGUCCAGCAGAGAGAGCAGAGCUGUUGUUCGCAGUUCUGCUCGCAGGAGAAGACAGAGCAAAGACAGAGACCCUCCUCUCAUGAGCGAUCCUAGGAUUGUUCUUCUGGGGAAGAGCGUGUCAGAAAACAGUGGAGUGGGAAACUUCCUGUUGGGACGAGCAGCUUUUGACAGUGAAGCUCCUCCAGAUGUUGUAGAGAGAGUCGGAGGAAGAUUGAAGGACAGAUACAUGAUAGUCAUCAACAGUCCUCAGCUGCUCCAGACAAACAUCUCAGAUCAUCAGAUCACACAGACAGUGAGAGAGUGUAUGAAUCUGUCUGAUCCAGGACCUCAUGUGAUCGUUCUGCUCCUCAAACAUGAUCAGUGUUCAGCAGAAGAUCAGGAGUGUGUGGAGAAGGUGCUGGACUCUUUCUCUGAGAGGGUUUAUCAACACACCAUGGUGCUCACCACACAAGAGCCCACUGAAACCAAUGACAUCCUACAGAAGAUCAUUCAGAAAUGCUUCAACAGACACUUCAGUCUUCAGAGAAGCAGCUCUCCUGAUGAUCUUCUGCAGAUGUUUGAGGACAUUGUGAAAAUGAAUGAUGGACGACACCUGGAUUGUGCUGAAGCUUCACAGUAUUUCACAAUGGAGCAACAGGACACAGAAAGAUUUUCAGAGGGUGUGAAGCUGAAUAUGGUUGUGUGUGGGAGUGAAGGGACAUUAAAAUCCUCCAUAUCAGAGCAGAUCCUGAGAGAUGUGGAUCUUCAUGGACGUCAGAUCAGUCUGGUGGAUCUUCCAGCUCUGUUCAACACUCGUCUCUCAGAGGAGGAAGUGAUGUGUCAGACUCUUCACUGUGUGUCUCUCUGUGAUCCUGGAGUUCAUGUUUUCCUCCUCAUUAUUCCUGAUGCUCCACUCAAUAAUGAAGAUAAAGCAGAAAUGGAGGAGAUCCAGACGAUCUUCAGCUCAAGAAUCAACAAACACAUGAUGAUCCUCAUAAUGCAGAAUUCAGAGCAUCAGACAGCAGAACUCGAUGAAGAAACACAGUCUGUCAUUGAGAGAUUUGGAGGUCGACAUCAUUUCUUUGGUCCCAACACACAAGUGUCCACAUUGAUGGAGAACAUUGAGAAGAUGCUGGAAGAAAACAGAGGAGAGUUUUUCUCCACAGAGACAUUUCUGGAGGUGCAGAUGAAAAAACUCAUGAAUUAUGAAGAGAUGAAAAAGAAAAUUCAUUCACUGGAGACACAUUUACUGUCACAAGGUUCAGCAGAGAGUGAAGAUGAAGUGAGGAUUGUGCUGCUGGGAAAAACUGGAGUAGGAAAAAGUGCAACUGGAAACACAAUCUUAGGAAGAAACACUUUUAAAGCACAAGCAUCUUUUGAAUCAGUGACUAAAGAGAGUCGGAGAGAAACAUCUGAAAUCAACGGCCGACACGUUACUGUGAUCGACACUCCAGGACUGUUUGAUACUGAACUGAGUAAUGAGGAGAUCCAGAGAGAAAUCAGCCACUGCAUCUCCAUGAUCCUGCCUGGACCACAUGUGUUUCUCCUACUGAUUCCACUGGGACGAUUCACUAAAGAAGAGGAAAAAUCAGUGAAGAUCAUCCAAGAGACGUUUGGUGAGAAAUCUUUAAUGUUCACCAUGGUGCUCUUCACCAGAGGAGACGAUCUCAAGGACCAAACUAUUGAUCAGUGUUUGGGAAAACCUGGAUCUCCUUUGAUGAACCUGAUUGAAGCGUGUGGAAACAGAUUCCAUGUGUUCAAUAAUAAUCAGACUGGAGACCGAACACAGGUGUCUGAUCUACUGGAGAAGAUAGACAACAUGGUGACAGCGAACGGAGGGAGUUUCUACUCAUGUAAGAUGUUCAGAGAGAUGGAGAGAGAAAAACAAGAACAACAGAUGAAGAUCCUGAUGGAUAGAGUCAGAGAAAGAGAAGAUGAGAUGAACAAACACAAAGAAGAGAUGAGACAAGAACGAGAGAAACUUACAAAUAAAAUUGAGCAACUGAAGCAAGAAAAAGAGAAAAGAAAAACAGAAAAAGAAAAACUUCAGAUCAAAUAUGACACAGAAAUAGAAAGACUGAUGAACAUAAUAGAGAAUGAGAGGAAGAAAAGAGAAGAUGAAUUUACUGAAAGAGAAGAACAAUAUAAAACACUACUGAAAGAGAAAGAAGAACUGAUGAAGAAACAUGAAGAAGAGAAAGAGAGAAUGAAGAUGAUGAUGGAGGAAGAACGACAGAAUGAUGACAAAGAGAGGAAGAGCAGAGAAGAAGAACACAAGAGAGAAAUAAGAGAACAAGAGAAACAUCAGAGAGAGAUACGAGAUGAGAUGAGACGAGAACGAGAGACUUUUAAACAUGAAAUAGAGAAAAUGAAGAAAGAAAAGGAAAACCUUCAGAUGGAAAUAGACAGACUGAUGAACAGAAUAGAGAGUGAAAGACAGAAUCAUGAAACAGAGAGAACGGAAAGAGAUGCAAGAGAAGAGAGUUAUAAAACACUAAUGAAAGAGAAAGAAGAGAGUGAGGAAAAGAUUUGUGAGGAGAUGAAGAGAGAACAAGAGACAAUUAAACAUGAAAUGGAAGAAAUGAGGCAAGAAAAGGAGAAAAUAAAAACAGAAAAAGACCAUCUUCAGAUGGAAAUAGACAGAAUGAUGAACAUAAUAGAGAAUCAUGAAACUGAAAGAAAGAGAAGAGAAGAAGAGUUUGAGAGAGAAGAACAAUAUAAAAAAGAAAGAAUGAAGAUGAUGAUGGAUGAAGAACGACAGAAUGAUGACAAAGAGAGAAAGAGAAGAGAAGAAGAAUUCAGAGAGAGAGAAGAACGAUAUAAGAGAAUAAUUAAAGACAGAGAGGAAAGAGAGAAUGAAAUUAUUGAACAGAUGAAACUGGAACGAAUGCAGUGGGAGAAACAGAAACAAGAGGAAAGACAGAAAAGAGAAGAAGAGAAGAAGAAACAAGAAGAAGAACAUAAAUCUGAACAAAGUCCAGUUAGUGAUCAGAGGAAGAAAGAAGAACCAGAGAUACUGAAGUCACAUAGAAAAAUCCCAGAAUCACAGAGAAAAGACAUUGAACCAGACGCUUCUGCUGACAGUCCCUCAUCCAGACGGAUUGUUCUUCUAGGUCAAACUGGUGUUGGGAAGAGUGCAUCUGGAAACACAAUACUGGGACAGAAAGAGUUUAAAUCUGAGAGGGGUACAAUUUCAGUAACCUGUGAAUGUUCAAAGCAGCAUGUUGUUGUUUCAGGCAGAUCUGUGUCUGUAGUUGAUACUCCUGGAUUAUUUCACACAGAGAUGAAUCCUGAAGAGUUAAUGACAGAGAUAGGGAGAAGUGUUUAUUUAUCCAGUCCUGGACCUCACGCUUUUCUCAUUGUGUUUCAUGUGAAUAAUAGAUGCAUUGAACAUGAGCAGCAGAUUAUUCAGAUGAUUGAGAUGUUGUUUGGUCAGGAGGUGUUAAAAUACUCCAUCAUUCUCCUCAAUUAUGGAGAUUGGCUAGAAGGUGAGACAGUAGAGGAACUCUUUGAGCAGAACAGUGGUUUAAGAGAUCUAGUUGAUCAUUGUGGAGGCAGAGUUCACGUCUUCAACAAUAAAGAUCUGAAUAACAGAGAGCAGGUGAAUGAUCUACUGCAGAAGAUUGACACAAUGAUAGAGCAGAAUGGAGGAGGACACUACAGUAAUGAGAUGUAUGAAGAUGCUCUGAGAAAAAGACGAGAGGAAGAAGAGAGGAGGAAGAGAGAGGAAGAGCAGAUAAAACAACAAGUGGAGAAACAAAUGCAAGAGGUGAUUGAGAGAGUGAGAAAAGAGACAGAGGAGAGAAUCAGAGCAGAGCGUGAAUCUGAUAGAUCUGAACUAGAAAGACUUAAAGCAGAGAGACAGAGAGAUGAAGAGGAAAGAAAACAGAGGGAGAAACAACAAGAGGAGAGAAAACAAAAAAAUCAGAAUUGUGUCUGUAGUUGAUUCUGACGGAUCUGACAGAGAUAAUGAGGAGUGUGUAUUUAUCCUAUCCUGAACUGCUCACUUUACUCAUUGUGUUUAAUGUAAAUUAAACAGAGCAGGAAAAGAGAAGAUUACUCAAAUGAUUGAAGAGGAUCUGAAGAACGGUUAAGGUGCUUAUGUGAAUAUGUGACUGAAAGAAAGCAAAUCUAUAAAUGUUCUGCUGAGAUACAACUCGUUUAUUUGGCUGUACAGUUGAUGGAGAUCUAUAAAUCAUUUCUAGGAUUAUCUACACAGUUAACAUAGUGAUACUUGUCCACUAGAUGCCUAUCUUCAGUAUAGGUAUCUUACCUGUAGCCGUAAGAAGUGUAAAUAGAUUCACUGGGGGACUUUUUCAACCUUUGAGAUGUUUUUUUUUUUUUUUUUUUUUUUUUUUUUUUAAUAUAACUUAUAAUACAAUAACAUGACACAUUGUGUUUCAUCCAAACAAUAAGUUUUCAUGAGUAUCAAAACAGACACAUGAAAUGUCAAUUGUGUUGUUCACCUGUAUAUGGUAUAUGUUCAUUCAACAGAAUCUCAUCUUGUAGAUUAUUACCAGUGUAAUUUUGUUCAGUUCUGUCAAUUUGAGUCAUUUUCCUUUCCAUCCUGCUCACUGCUGUUUUUCUCCAUCUUUUUCUGUGUUCAUGUAGAGUUGUACUAAACUUUGACCAGUGGAUCCAUGUUGUUCAGGUAGCAAUUUUUGAAAAAUUUAAAGAGUAGAUCUAAGAUGAUGUACAUAUACAUAUUAAUUAAUUUGUUCACUUGUUUAUUUAUUUAUUUUCUUAAUUAUUUUUGCUAUGCCUUUAUAAUGUAUGUACUUUAUACCUUGUAAAUGCACAGUGCUGCUACACAUCUGUUUGUUGUUGUCUGAUUUCUUUGUACUGUUAGUUGUGUGUUCCUAUACUGCUAAGCCGCGCAAUGGGAAAUGGGAAGUGGGAAGUAUUGUGGAAUGUUAUGUUUAGUUUUGUUGG